AUGGCCUUUCCUGGAGCUCAGCUGCAUGGAGGGAAUGUCCCGAGAGUAAGAGCAAAGCAUAUAAAAAAGGGGAAGUGGCGCUCAGUGGAUCAGUCGCUCGUCUCAGAGCACACAGCUAAGAUGAUGAUGGUCACUUGCCUGCUCCUCUCCAGCAUCUGGACCGUUGCUCCAGCCUCUGUGCAGGUGAUGAACAGAAAGGUCCAGUCAGUCCAGGCAGGAGGAAAUGUUACGUUUUCAUGCCGGUCAGUCACGAAAGAAGAUGUGAUACAGGUGACCUGGCAGAAGGAGACAGAUGGGGCUGAAGACAACAUAGCAACUUACAGUACGAUGAACGGCCAAAAGAUAGCCAAGGCCUAUGUCAGCCAUGUGAGCUUUGCCCACAGCGAGUUACAAGCCUCGGCCAUCUCCCUUCAUGGAGUCACCCUCCAAGAUGAAGGAUGCUACAAAUGCAUCUUCAACACAUUUCCCUCGGGGGCUGUCACCGGCAGGAUGUGUCUCAAGGUUUAUGCCAUCUCAGACCCCAAAGUGGAAACUAAGCUUAUACUCAGUCCAGACAAAGCUGAGGACUCUGAGAAAAUGGUGGGGAUGAGCUGCUCAGCAACAGGGAAACCAGCUCCAAAAAUAACCUGGCACCUUCCCAGCAUCCUGCAGCAGAAACCAAGGGAGUACCACAUAAAGUUCAGCAACCAGACUGUGACUGUCAUCAGCAAUUUUACCCACACCCACUCCAAAAUCCUUCAGGAGUACCCCAUCACCUGUGUGAUCCAACACCCUUCUCUAAAUGUGACCCUGGCCCUGCCCACAGACAGCCUGGAGCCAGGUCCAGACAGCAGCAUGGUACCGGCCAUUGUCAUUGCAGUGGGGGUCCUGGUCCCCCUGACCUCCCUUCUCCUUCUCACCUGCCUUCUCUACCCCUGCCUCAGGCACCUACAUGGCCCAGAGGGAAACCCAGCCUGGCCAUGCUGGGUAGGUCUGCCUUUCCUCAGGGUGCUGCCGGGGUCACCCCCACAGGUCAUGGGGCUCAGUACCGUGACCUGGCUCUCCCCAGCCACACCAGGGCUGCCUGCACACUGCCCAAGCCUGGCUGAACCUGGGCUGGAGAUGGACACAGGAAUUAGCCCCCAGCCAGACAGCUGGGAAGCAGAAACCUGAUUCUGCAUAGCCAGCCUACAGGUGCCCAAGAGUGCUGGGAGCUAGAAAACAUUCACUGUGCCAAUGACAAGGCACGCUGCAGCAGAAGCAUCACUCUACUACUAUAUUUAUACACAAAAUAGUUGUGGAAGCAGUGGCCAGGACCUUGCACUGGUCUUCUGCAGCUCCUAAAAUAAUCUACUUCAGCGCAGCCAAUGCAGCUUACAAAGGCAGCAGCUUUGAGGAUGUGUGUCAAACAAAAUGUGGUCUUGGAGGAAAACCGUGCCUCUCUGAGGGAAGUCCAGGGUCCGACACUGUGGCACGGGCUGAGGCACUGCUGGUUGUCCAUGGAGGCUAUCCUAGUGCAGGGAGUGCAGGAUACAAGCUUGAGGUGGGGGUAAACUGAGUGAAGUGGCAUCAUUUCAGAGAAUCACAGUCCAGUUUUGUGAAGGUUCCUCAUCCUCUUUGCAGUGUAUGCCUAGCAUGUGCACCCUGAAUUUUGGUGAAAAUCCUGGAGAAAAAGAAGCAGUGGAGGAAAUGCAACAUGUCUUCCAGGGGUGUUAUACCUCUAGAUCCAAGCUGAAGACUACUGGUGGGAUUGCAAGGGGGUUACAGAGAGAUGCAAGGACUCAUUUGGCAAUACAAAUAUCCAGGAUCUUUAGCCUCGCACUUAAAACAUCCAUAUAUUUUGAAAAAAUAAA